AUGUCCAACGGCAAUAUUACUAGUAACUGGAAGAGCUUUUCCGACAAGUCUGGUAACUUCCAGCGGCCCCCUGCCGUCCUCCGUGAGAAAGUCUCCAAAGAAUCUGGAGCCAAAUUUCCAGCAGAGAAGGGCAGAUAUCACCUCUAUGUCAGCUAUGCUUGUCCCUGGGCGCAUCGAAUUUUGAUUGCUCGAAAACUCAAGGGUCUAGAAGACAUCAUCCCAUUCACAUCUGUGCACUGGUAUUUGAAGGACGGCGGAUGGCGCUUUGCAACUGCCGAAGAUACAGACGCCGAAGGAGACAAUGUUAUACCAGACCCGCUUCAUGAAGGCUUUACUCAUCUGCGACAAGUUUACUACGAGACUGAUCCUGACUACCAAGCCCGGUUCAGUGUCCCAGUGUUGUAUGACAAGAUCCAAAAAGUCAUUGUAAACAACGAGAGUAGCGAAAUCCUCCGCAUGUUUGGCACAGAGUUUGACGACAUCAUCGACGAAAAGUAUCGCAACGUUGUUCUAUACCCCGAAGCACUCCAGGGCCAGAUUGACGAGGUCCAUUCUUGGCAUUACGAUAACAUUAAUAACGGCGUGUAUAAAUGCGGUGUUGCGUCGACGCAGGAAGCUUACGAGCGUGCCGUUACCGAGCUUUUCGAGGCCUUGGAUAAGUGCGAAGAGCACUUGGCAUCCACUGAGGGGCCGUUUUGGUUUGGAAAGAAUCUCACAGAAGUUGACGUUAGACUCUAUGUCACAAUCAUUCGGUUUGAUCCCGUAUAUGUCCAACACUUCAAGUGCAACAUUCGAGACAUCCGCUCCGGCUACCCGCACAUUCACAAAUGGUUGCGAAACCUCUACUGGAACGUCGCGGGUUUCAAAGAAACCACCAACUUCCUGCACAUUAAAAAUCACUACACUAAGAGCCAUACUCCCAUCAAUCCUCUUUCAAUUACUCCCGUUGGGCCACUUCCGCACAUCUUGCCUCUGGACGAGGAAGUUGCUGCUGUAAAAGCGAGCGUGUAA